UUCAUAAAUCUAGAAUAACUUGUUAAACAGUCAUAUUUCAGCUCAGCAACAGCACCUAUACCAAAGCUGUGACUGGUUCUAUUUCAGGUGUGAACUUCACAGAGGCCAACCACACAUCAGUGAUGACAGAUGUGUUUGCUCCAGUCAACAGUUCUGAAAUGUUCUUCUACAACUCCUCCCUCUCAUUCACUGAUAUGGAUCCUGAGAGAUGGAGCACAUGGGGAAACCAGAGUGCAGAGGCUGGGACAGAGCUCCUCUCCACACCCAGCCCCACAGAGAAGACGCUGGAACAGGAGGAGCAGGAGCAGAUGGAGGUGGAGGUGGAGGAGGGGGCAGGAGGAGAGCCAGAAGAGCAGGCCAUGCUGUCCAGUCUGCUGCUACAUGCUUCUGUCGGGUCUGCUCCUGAUGGACUACAGCCUGAAGUCUUCUUGGCAUCUCCAACUACUCUAGAGAUGAGCAUCUUGCCCACUGUGCUCCAAGAGACUGUUGCUCCCAGGACUACAGCUCCCAGCAUGCCCCAGGAGUCUGCAGGAGGUUUGCCUGCUCUGACCACUGCAGCUGUGACCACGGAGAUACCAAAGCAGUCUAUGGAGGAGAGAGAGGAAAAGGAGGAGAGAGAGGAGGAAGAGAAAGAGGACAAGUCUGCAGAGAAGAUGUCUGCUCCUCAGACAGUGAACACAGCAGCCCCAGCACUAGUGCCAGUAUUUCCCACAGUCCCUGAACACAACUCUAGAGAAGAGCCCAUAGAACCAGCACAAGCUCCCAUUGAACAUCUCUCUGCAGAGACCACUGUGAGGAUGACACCAGCGCCCCCUACAGGAGCUGGCCUGUUCACCAGUGAAGCCACCACCUCCCCUGCCACAGCCCCAGCAUUUAGCCCUGCACUGCCCCCUGCUGGCCUGACUCCCUCUGGUCUGACCACAACCACACUCAAUCCUCCAGGACUGACCCCUGACCAGAACCCACUUGAGACUGUGAAGCCUACAGAACCUUUGAGGCCCCUAAGUCCAGCUCCAACAACAUCGCCAUCGCCCCCUGAGCUCCUCACUACACUGUCUGCUCCUGAGGUGGACCUGGAGGAACCCAAAGAGGAACUACCAGAGGAGAUACCAGAAGAAGAGGAGAAGAAAGAUGAGAAGAAAGAGGAGGAAGCGGAGAAGAAAGAUUUACCAGGCAGCAGAUAUCAGUGA